AACCUAUACUUAGCAAUAUCGUCUCCGGUCCAGACUAUACAUUCUUUUCGAGUACCACGCAUUCUAUGGUGGAUUAUAUCCUAACAGAAUCGUCGUUGGUGGGCCAAGUAUUAUCAUGUCUGGUGCAUCAACACCAUCCAUGGGAACUAUCCUCUCUAACUUCACCUUUUGUUCAUGCUACACAUCAAAGUAUCCAUGAGCUACAGUGGGAA